UCGGAAUCGAACCGCGCGACCGAUCGCGCGCGUCCACCGAGCGUAACUUGCAGUGACGCGGUAGACGUAAGAGUAAAGUGAAAUAUACCCCAGUUGUGCCAUAAUAGUUUUAAAAAUGGUGUGCAAAGUUGUCCCGAAGGUUAACAGUCCCGUACACCGAGCGGCGGGCGAUGCACCGGACAGCCAGACACAGGAGGUAGCGGAUUACGAGACGGCGCUGGAUUCCGCUGGUUACGGGCACUUCAGCCGCAGCGCGCUGGGGGCGUGCGCGUGCGCAUUCUUCACCACCGGCGUCGAAAACUGCGUGAUGUCGUACGUGCUGCCGGCGGCCAAGUGUGAGCUGCAGCUCACGACCUACCAGGCGGGGCUCGUCAACAUGGCCUUCAUGAGCGCCAAGUGUGAGCUGCAGCUGACCACCUACCAGGCGGGGCUCGUCAACAUGGCCUUCAUGAGCGGUGGUGUGGCCAGUGCGUUCUUCUGGGGUAUUGUGGGCGACGUGUUCGGAAGACGGAACAUCCUCAGCAUGACGCUGCUCCUCAACGCAGCCCUGACCCUCGGUCAGAGCAUGGUAGCGGAUUACCGGCUUCUGCUGGCUGCGAGGUCCAUCAAUGGCUUCCUGAUUGGUGGACCCUCGACGCUCGUGUUCACGUAUCUGUCGGACCUGGUGGGCGCCAAGAAGAGGCAGUUCUACCUGAACAUCACCGGGAUGAGCUUCGUCGCUGCCUGGCUCAUAUUACCAGCCGUAGCCUGGCUGGUCAUCCCAUUCAAAGUGGCGGACUACCACACACUGCUGCCGGUGUACUCCUGGAGGCUGUACCUGGCUCUCGGCAGCCUGCCCGGCUUCGUCAGCGGUCUAUGGAUGCUGGCGCUACCGGAGAGCCCCAGACUGUUAUCAGACACCAACAGGAGUGAUAAAGCCUUGAAGAUUUUGGCGAAGAUCCACAAGAAUAAUCAUGGGAAAGGUGCAGAGUUUAAGAUAAAGAAACUCAUCCAAGACAACAUAUUCGUCGAGAAGACUUUGGGCGAAGAAGAGAACAGAACGAAGGCUUUAUUCAUGGGGGUGCUGAAAGACCUGAAGAUGUUCGUGUCCAAAACCUAUGCGUUCAAGUCCAGCCUCAUCUUGUUUGUGUUCUUUGCGAAUAUGGCCGCUGGUUUCGGCCUAAAUCUCUGGAUCCCUGAACUGCUCCUACGCAUGCAAAGCAAGGAGUGCAAGUACGCCAAGCUGGAUGCCUUACCAGAGAACGCUCGGCUGGUGAACGCGACCGCUGCGGUCCUGAAGGAGCUGACCAUGCCCAAGGCUGAGACGGUGGGAGGCUUCAACGGGAGCAUGUUCGACCCUCUGGACGUCAGGAGUGGAGGGGAGAAGUGCAGCAGCGAUAUGGAUGACGACGUGUUCACCUCAGGCUUGAUAGUGGGCGCGUGUUGCGUGCUAGGCAACGCUGCUUGCGCGUUGUUAUGUGCGCGCGGCGGAGCGCGUGGCGUGCGUCGUGCGGCGUCAGCGUGCGCGCUAGCCUGUGCAUUAGCGUGCGCGUUUUUGGCCGCGUGCGCCUGCUCGUGCUCGAAUUCGAACAAGAUAGCGGUGGCUGCAGCCGCUGCGUUGAACGCUGCGUCGUUGAACGGGAAUGUGCUGCUGAUAAGACUGUUGCUGCACGCGCUGCCGGCUAAGUUGAGUGGCCUCGGCGUGUGCUGGGGCGCGUGGUGGGGGCGCGCGGGGGGCGUGGCCUCCAACCUGGCGGUGGGCGUGCUGCUGGACUUCUCGUGCCCGGCGCCCUUCAUCGCCGUGGCUGCUUUACUUACAGUUUCCAUUGGUGCCAUCAUGGUGAUAAAGUUAGACGACAACAAUCCCACGGCAGAGACCGAGGAAGAGGACCAGGAGACCAGAGACAAGACCACGGGACUGGACAGGUAUAUAUCUACGCACAUGUAAAUACCAGUUACGACAAGACUUGGAUAUGCGUACUUGAGUACGCUUUUACAUAAUAAGUCAAUUUUAGAAGGUUAUGCUGAAAUAUCCAUCCCUCUGUUAUUAAUGAAAUAUUGUGAGUAGAAAUUAUUCAUAAUGAAUACUAUUAUUAUAAUAGUGAAAGAAAAUGCUAGCUAAAAUAACAACAUUUUAUCUAUUUCCUUAUUUGAAAUUGAAUUUGCAAAAAUAUUUGCAAGGACUAGUUUAAAUUGUUUGGCGAAUGAAUGGUUGCCAAACUCAAAUACUAAAAUAAAAAAUCUAUUAUUGAACUAUUUAUUACAAUUAUUGUUCUCUGUUGUGAAUCAUAAUAGUUCUAUUGUUGAUAGUCCAACAAAAAAUUUAUUAAAACAUUCCUUAUGAUAAAGAAACUAGUGAGCAAACUAGUGAAUAGUUUUAAACUAGUGAAAUUAGAUGUCAUUGAUGUGCCUAUGAUGCUUUGUGAAGAGAUGUAAAUGCACAAAUUGUAAGUUCCUUUUAAUAUUAAGGAAACGUGCUUAUGACGUUAGGUAUAAGAGUUAUAUUUGAAUGAUUGAAGUCAAUAUUUAUUUAUAGUAAAUAUAAAAUAGUUAAAUCUUCGAAAUGGAGGAUAAAAAUCUCGAAAAUAUAUCAAAUUGAUAUUUUGAUACAACUUUUUGAAGUUUGUAGUUACUAGUUCUAGUUGCACUCACUAGUUGGCGUCACUGCUUAAUUAGCCAGUGGCGCCAACUGGUGGUGUACAUAUAAAGCCUUUACUGAAAUUGAAUUUGCGCUUGAUGUUAAUUAAUAGGUUUUAACGUAGAUAAAACAUUAUAUUCAAUAUAAAUAUUUUAUUGAGUAGUAACAAAUUAAAAAAAUAAUAUUUAAAAAAUACACGACGAGCUUUAUACAAACAUGAAUAUUAUAAGUAAAUCAAAAUAAAGUUUUAUACAACAUAUUUUCUGAAACUGUAAAAACUAUCAUCCGAUCUGUGAUGAAUAUAAAUAAGAGAAACGACUAUUAUUUGUAUUUUAUGUACUUAGAACCUUUUUUAUUUUAGUUAUAAGCGAAUAAAGUUCAAUUAAAGAUGAA